UUAAUAAAAUUAAUUAAAAUAAAAUAAAUGUAAACAAGAAUUAUAUCUGAGUUAUUAGAUUCAGUCGCCACUGUGUCUGUUGCAUAACAGCCGGAUUUGCUGCUGAAUAAUUAGUUUCAAGGUCUUUUCAGUCCACCGACAUAUUUUUUUAUAUUACAAUUUUAUUUUUUAGCAUAUUCCUGUUUGUGUUAAUUACACAUUAUUAAAAAAACUAACCAUAAUUCAAUAUUUUAUCUGCGAUAACAAACACCUUCAUAAUUAGGUAGAUGAUGCCAAAAUUUUAUCUGCGUGCUAUUAUGCAAGGUUACACAAUUUUAUUAACAGUGACAAAAAAAUGAAUUUUUCCUAAGUCACUAAUUCAGACAUGAACUCUGUACCCCAUUUAUCUGGACCCAUGAGACAUAAAAUACUUUGUUGGGUAUUACUUGGAUAUUUUUGUAGUCCAAUUUAAAAAUAGGAAAGUUCAGCUAAAGUGGUAUGUUCGCAACUAAACACGAAUUGUGUAGCAAAUUAAUUAGUAUGUGAAGAGGAAAUGCCACAAUUCAAAGAAAAUACAAUUUUAUAGGGCAAAGAAAAUAUAAAAUGUGUUUGAUGUUAAUAAUACUCUAAACUAAUCAUAAAAUUAUAUAAUGGAUUUCGCAAUUGGGGGAAUUGCCGCCGCGGGGGCUAGCAUUUUCAGCAACCCCUUCGACGUGCUAAAAACCCGUAUGCAACUCCAGGGUGAAUUGCGUGCCCGUGGUCACCACACCGUCUAUUACAAGAACGUUUUACACGCGGCGUAUGUUGUGGCCAAAACCGAGGGAAUCCGGGGACUUCAAAGGGGCUUAGGCACAGCGAUGAUAAUGCACACCGUGCGCAACAGCGUAAGAUUAGGUUCCUAUCAAUGGUUGAGUGAUCGAGGCUUCAUUUGUGACGAAAAAGGCAAAACAAUCUUUUACCGGAGUUUCCUUGCUAGUGCCAUGACGGGGGCUGCGGGGGCGUUUUGUGGAAGUCCUCUUUUUCUAAUUAAGACUCAACUGCAGUCACAAGCGGCCAAUACAAUUGCUGUCGGACACCAGCAUGGACAUGCGGGACUUGUGCAUGCCGUUAAAAGGAUUUAUUCACAACAUGGAAUUCAAGGGUUGUGGCGGGGAGCUGAUGCUGUGAUGUUGAGAGCUGUUGCUGGAUCUUCGGCCCAGAUUAGUAGUUUUGCCAAAACUAAAGAUUUUUUGAGAGAGUUUGAAGUGUUUAAACAUUCCACGUUUUUAACUGCAUUUGCCGCCAGUAUUGUAGGGGGAGUCUUCCAGACGCUUGUUAUUGCACCGUUUGAUAUUGUUUCCAUACGCUUAUACAAUCAAGCUACGGACGCCCAGGGCCGAGGACUGCUGUACAAAGGAAUAGCAGACUGUUUUAUCAAAAUUUACAAGUGCGAGGGAAUCCCUGGUCUGUAUAAAGGAAUUGGUGCAAAUUAUAUGAGACUGGCUCCACACAGUGCUUUAUGUCUGAUCUUUUGGGAUGUUUUAAAAGACUUACAGAAAAAAUAUCUAUCAAAUGAAAUAGGUACAAGACACGUAUUGUAAAAUAAUGUAUUUAUUAUUGUAUAACAGGAUAUAAUAAAAUAUAUACUUGGCAAAGUCAGAAUGGGGCUGACUAUGCUUUGUCAUAAAAAAAUUAAUGGAAUGUAAUGUGUUAAACGUGCCAAGGAAUUUUCCAUUUGUGUGAAAAUUCUUCGUGGCAAAUGAAAUAAAAACAAAACAAAAAUAUAAAAACAAUGGCUAUAAAUUACAAAAUAAUGAUAUAAAAAUUAAGUACAAAAUUUGAUACAGUCAUCAAAAAAAUAUUAAUAUAUUAUAAGUGUAAAUCUACGAUUUGUUUAUAAAAAUCUGAGUACUGAUCAGCAGUGAUAAAAUCAGUCGAAAAUUUCCUGAUGCUAACUUUUAUCACAGAGAGCGUUGUAUUUCAAUUCAGUACCCAAAUUUUGGACCUUAGCACCAAAUAUCUUCAGUUACCUUUUUGUAAUUUACAGUUUUGUGAAAAAUAA